GGGAGUUAAACAUGCUGCAGCGCAACCUGAAAUAGCUUCGGUUACCAUACAGGAGGCCGUAGAUGUGGACAUUGUUGCACUAACUGUACUUGCGGUGCUGGAUGGCAACAAAACCGCUAAAAAGAAGAAGAUGGUUAGGCCGGAGACUAAGCAAUCUGGCGCUAGAGUGCCGGAAAGGACUGAAAGUGAAAGCUCGGGAUAUUAUUCGUAUGUGACCGACAACUCAGGGGAGGAGGACCUGGGUCCGGAUUUUGAUGAAGUUUAUAUGGAUGGCGUUGGAUCGAGUUUUGUUGCAAUUGGAGUUGAAUUGAAGAAGUUAGAGUCCGACAAUCGGCGCUUGAGAGGCAUCCGGGAAGGAUUUGAAGGCGUCCAAGAAAGAUUUGAGAGAUUUGGAGGUCACCGAGAGAUUUGGAGAAAGAGCAUUUGGAUCGACCUCGUAG